UAUUCAUUAUUGUAUGAACGAAUGACAGACAAAUAUACAUAUAUACCAUGGCGGUCUUUGAGCACGAGCAUCCACUUUGUCUAGUAGAUUUGCAACCGGAAUAUCCACUAUAUGAAGAUGAAUAUGAUGACAAUGACGAAUUAAUCACAAAACAAGAUUUUCGAAGUCAAUGUGAGCGGUGUGAGCAAGAGAUCACAUGGUUCCAUAGGUAUUACUACAAGUGUGCUCGUUCGUGUGAGUACUCCCUCCACAAGUUUUGUGGGGAGGUUCCCUUAACAUUAGUACAACACAAAUCACACCAAAUCAUCUAUCACCCUAGUCACAAACAUCCAUUGGUUGCAAUCCUCGAACCACUUUUGUGCAAAUGUAGGGCUUGUGACAAGGAACAUAAAGGGAUCUUCUAUCUUUGUAGCACUUGUUUUAACUUCUUCAUCCAUAGUGAUUGCGCUUUCUUACCAAAAUCGUUACUAAUUCAACAUAGUACAAAUGAUGCUUUCUCUCAUACUCAUCCACUCAUCCUUUCGUAUUCCUUCCCAAGAGUAGAUCAAGAAGCUAAAUUUGAUCCCCUUUGUAGGGUAUGUAUACAACCUUUUAUAGAUGAGAACCUUUGGAUUUAUAAAUGCGACAAAUGCAGAUACUAUGCUCAUCUAGAUUGUGCAACAUCACGAGGAGAGCAUUUUAUGUCCAUUUUCGCAACUCCUGGUGCCGAAAAUCCUAAAAAAAACUUUCAAGAUUCUGAAUAUCCGGAUCUCCUCCAUCUACCAUUCCCCGACAUUACUCACAACUUACAAAAACACUUGUUUUUCAAAGGAGACAGUAAAUUAGGCCGCAAUUACCAUGAACACCCUCUAACUCUAGUUCUUUCUGGAUGCAAUGACACUAGCCACCCGACUACUUCAAAAACUGAUUUGUUAUUGUGUCAUAAUCCAAUGGAAAGAAUUGAACUGUUAUGCAACGCUUGCGUGAAGCCAAUUACAAGUGAGCCUUUUUAUAAGUGUGACAAUGAGAAUGAACAUUGCAAAUUUGUUAUUCAUACUUGGUGCACUCAGUUGCCAGCUGAAAUAAAAAACCACCCGGGUCACCCAGAACAUACAUUAACCCUCCACCCAGACGUUGGUUUCUUUUUCUCCACGUUCCGUUGCUCUGUUUGUGACUUGCUUUGUAAUGGAUUCGUCUAUAGUUGUUCCGAAUGUCCAUACCACAUUGAUGUUACUUGUAGUUUCAUACCUGAAAAUAUCACACAUGAGAUUCAUGCUGGUCACAUCCUUUCAAGGUUUGAUAGACGAGAACAAAGUAAAUACAAAAUAUAUUGUCAUCUAUGUCUAAGGAACAUUGUGAAUAUCAAAUUUAUGUUCAUGUGUUUCAGUUGUGAUGUCUAUGUUCAUGCUGAGUGUGCUUUGUUAUUGCCUCGCAAUAUUCAACACAAGCUUGACAAACACCCAAUGCGUCUAAGUUACUUCCCGAUUGAAAACCACAAGAGUGAAUACUUUUGUGAAGUCUGCGAGGAGGAAUUUGACCCAGAACGAUGUUUCUAUCACUGUCACCGAUGUGCCUGGUCUAUCCAUUCUGCUUGUGCGCCGUCGAUACUUCAAUCUGAAACAGCUACAGGUUCCUACUAUGGUAAAAAUGUUUACGAGUUUUCGAAUGUCAAGUUUGGUGGCAUUCUCAAUACCAAAUUUCACCUGCACCCUCUCUCUUGUGUUCAAGGGACUAGAAAUAAUGGUUCAUGCAAUAAUUGUGGUUUAUUGUUACAAUAUGGUAUGAUCUUCAAGUGUUUGCAGUGCGAGUAUGCAAUCGAUAGGGAAUGUGGCGAAAAACUGAGCUAUUGAUGAAAUUGUUGAUUUGAUGUACAAAAAUCACUUGUUUUUUCUACUUCUAUCCUUUUAUGUACAAAACAGAUGUGUAAUAAAACAUUGGACUUAAUUUGAUACAUGCGAGUUCAAUUCA